UGCAAUCAGAUGGCAGUCCAAUUCCCGAAACUCUUUCUUCUAGAUUGUGUGAGGCUGGAGCCGAAAUUGAAAAUAAAGCAGACAAACAGAUGGAAGAGCUAGCAGACGAUGGGGUUCAAGAAGAUGAGAAUUGGGACGAAAGAUGCCCCAUUUGCUUGUCGGAUAUUGAUGAUAAGGCAUUUCUGGACAAUUGUUUUCAUUCUUUCUGUUAUUUUUGCGUCCUGCAGUGGUCAGAGAUGGUACAAACUUGCCCUCUGUGUAAGAAAUCUUUCAAGUCUAUAAUACACAACGUACGAAGCUUGGAUCGAUAUGACCAGCACUUUGUAGAACAGAAAACGAAUGCCAAGGAUGAAAGGCAGCCACUCUCUAGAGAGAGAUUUAGAUAUCGAACUACUAUGAUUGGUCGUCGUCUUCGAGGCAAUCGUGUAACUCACAGGCAACCCAGAAAGGCUGCUGCAAGAGAGCAACGGAAAGCUGUUUAUUCAGCCAAUGUUUGGGUUACUUCUCCUGUAGUUUCUUCUGAUGGAAUUGUUAGAGUGAGAGAUGUCUCUUGUGCAUUUUUCAAAGCAAAUCCUGCUGCCAGUCAUCGUCUCAUACCAUUUCUGAUACGAGAGAUGCGUGUACUGCUGGGUGAUGAUGAGGAACACGUUCACUUUGUUGUACAACUGAUCCUCUCACUCAUUGACAAGGUUGACAUUGGUUCUGAAGACUUCAUGAGGCACCUUGAGCCAUUUUUGUUUGAACGUACAUCUCACUUUCAACAUGAGUUUGUCACAUUUGCUCAGUCUCCUUUUGACCUGAAAGCAUUUGACAGUCGAGCCCAAUACAACUUUCCACGGACUGAAUCAGCUCCAGUGCUACUUGAUGAUGCACCCACCAGCUCUGCAACUGCUGCAAUUAGAGAACGACUUAUGGCCGAGCUGUCAGUGGAAACACCAUGGGAAGGCAGUCCUCCUUUGCAGCAAGGAACCUUCUAUUUGUCAUCAGGAUGGGAAACACCACCGUUGAUCAUUAUUGAAUCAUCAGACGAAAAUGAGCAAGAGUCUCCACAUAGACAGAUGGCAACGAAUCAACCUCAGCAAACAUCUUGCGAGGCCAGUAUCGAGUCUGAAUCACAUCUCACUGCUGGAAAUGAGUCUCCCCAGAACAUCAACCAUGCGGAUAUAUCACAAAGCUGGGACAAGAAAACAAAGAAGGAAAGGUCAAAGCAUAGAAAAAGAGAUAGAAGGGACACAUAUGAGUAUUACAAAGAAAAACGAGUUGUCAAAAGAACAGAAACUGAUGGCCGUCAAACAGAAGAAAGAUGGUGUGUUUCAAGACGGAAAGAGAGUUGGUCACGACGGGAUUCCCAGCAGCAAUCCAAAAACAGAAAACAUUCUAGAGAUGCAAAAGACCCGCAAUGGUCACCACAAGUAGAUGAGCAUGUUCGUGGAAUGCCACCAGUCAACUAUAAACUAACUGAAGAUUCAUUGCAAAAUCCUAGCAAACUACCAAGACUAAGAUCAGUGAUUUUUGUUGCCAAUAGAUCAGACAACAAGAUGCAACAGAUGUCACGAAUGGAUUUUCAACAAUCAGACCCUGCCUGUGUACCUGCUGUCCAAUCGUCCUCACAGACCGAGGACCCCGACAGUCCCACAUGUGAAGAGUUAGAACAAGAGCUGGAAGCUGUAGAGAGUGCAAUACGAGUAAACAAGAGCCAAUUGCUUAAAGUUCUGCAACGUAUUGAGGAUAGGAAGACAGCAAGUGAAAUAUUACAGUGCGAAACACCGAAACUGUGA